AUGGGAAUCCCAGGUCUGGCCACGCGCCUGGAACCAUAUGCGCUUUUCUGUACCUUCGCUGACCUCGCAACCCUUCAGUAUGAAGCCAUCAUCGACGGGCCCGCGCUUGCAUACUGGGCGCACAGUGUAGCCGCUCAGAAUCAGACACGAUUUCCAGGCUACACCGACAUCAAUACAGCGGCUAUCCGCUGGCUGCAGCACCUCGAAAGCAGCGGCAUAAAAGUGUCAGCUAUCCUCUUUGAUGGAGCUCUUCCACCGUCCAAAAAGGAAGAGAGGGCAUCACGCCUCCUUCAGAUCGUGAAACGCGUGACCCAGCUCAAUGUAGCAUCCGGCAAUACAAAUUGCCCUAUACAACAGCUGGGAUCAGUGGCCUUUCCAUUCCUGGCGCCUGCACUGAGAGAGGCCCUUCUUUCAUCCGAGUUCGCCGGAGCGACGCGCGUGGUUCCUGGGGAGGCGGAUGACUGGUGUGCAUCGCAGGCCCAGCAAAAUCCCCACAGCAUCAUCUUCACGAGUGACACUGACCUGCUCUUGUACGAAUACUCUGAGCAUGCUCUGGUUCAAUUUUUCAAAGAUGUUGAUGAGAAAGGAUUGAAGGUCUACUCUCCAUACAAGAUCUGCCAACAGCUCGGGCUCGAAAGUCUUGUGCAGCUUGCUUAUGCGACACACAAAGAUCGUUGGCAAUCACUGUCUGAAAGCGUCCACAGCGCGCGGAGAUAUGAUGCGGGAUCGAUACCCUAUACAGAGUUUAAUAAGAGAUAUAUCGACAGAGUGGAAGCACCAGCCUACCUUUCAGCGGACCCUCGGUUGCAUGCGUCACUUCAGAAACUUGACGCAAGAGUAUCCGAGUUCGUCCUUCAAGCAUUGUCUCCCGGCGAUAGCGCAUCCCAAGAUCCUCCCCUUGCAAUACCAGUGUCCCUCCCCUUACUCAUCGAAGAUCCUUUCAGGGCGUCCGCUUGGACGCAGGGGCAAGACAUCCGCCUGCUCGCCUACUCCCUCCUUACACGCCGCCGGCUCGUCAUCCAGGAACACGUACGAAGAGCACAAGGCAUUUCAGUCCAGGAACUCGGCAUUCAUCCACUAGACAAAGUGGAAAUCGGAGUUGCCGCCCUUCAUCGUGCAGUCAGCACAGCCUUGGAGUACCGCGAACUACCCCCAAUACGAUACUGGACCCUUAUCGCGGUAAAAUUGGCCUUAGCCUCUCUCAAACCACCACACAUCUCACUUCUCAGUCGCGUAGUAGCAGGCGAGUUCGACUCGACAUGGUCCUUUGUGCAUCUCCAGUCUUGCAUCCAGGCGACGCUGUAUUCCUUGCGGAUGCUGGGCCAAUGCAUUGAGGUCUGGCUCGCACUCGUCUCUACAGACCAUAUAGCUCCGGAAAAGAAACCCUCGCAGGAGCUCUUUGACCUCAUCAACGACUUGUUCCGCAUUCUGACCACCCUUCCCCCAAUCGCCGAACUCUUCCCGGUACCAGGUCAACAAGUUCCCACAUUCCCGGAAGACGCAAACCUCGUAAGCACACUAAAAGACAUUUAUGCAGCAGCCGGCAUCACCGACGAGCUGCUUUUCUCGGAAGCGAAGUCCAAGAAGCAGCGCAAGAAGGAGAAGAGGAUUCCUCCGCACACAAUCGUGCGACAUAUUUGUAUUCCUCGCUCAAGCUUGAGAGGGAGGAACUUAUAA